CUGACGGCUCAUUCGCUCUCCGGCGGUGGCGACGAACGCACGUCUUCGCGUCAACCCAACCUCACUCCACACGCGAUCGCGAUAAACUUUUCUGUGUUGUGAAAAUAAUUCCGCACGCUCACAAAAAAAAUGAACACGAUUUUUGUGCAGUGAUUUUUAGUAAUUGUGCUCAAGAUUGAAAGACUAGUCAGCCGUAAGAGUGUUCUGAAGAGGCUAAUUACGAGUUGCUAAGCUAAUUGGCGUGGCCGGCGUUUCAUGAAGUGCGAGAGGCGCACGCCGCAGCAAGCAAGCGGCGGCAGCCCGACGCGUGUACAGAUGCUCGCGAUGGAGGUGGCGAAGGAGCGCACAUCGCCGGUGUCCGCGCCCGCGCAGCCGAACAACAACGCCAAUGCGCAGCCGCCGCAGCAGCCACAGAUUUGCGCGGGCUGCAGUAAGGUGAUAACGGAGCGCUACCUGCUGAAGGCUCUAGACCAGCUGUGGCAUGAGGACUGCCUCAAGUGUGGCUGCUGCGAUUGCCGCCUCGGGGAGGUCGGGCACACCCUCUACACCCGCGCCAACCUCAUCCUUUGCAAGCGCGACUACUUGAGGUUAUUCGGGAAUACGGGCUACUGCGCUGCUUGCAACAAGGUUAUCCCCGCGUUCGAGAUGGUGAUGCGCGCACGCAGCAACGUCUACCACCUCGAGUGCUUCGCUUGCCAACAGUGCAAUCAUAGGUUUUGCGUAGGGGAUCGCUUCUACCUGUGCGAGAACAAGAUACUCUGCGAGUAUGACUAUGAGGAGCGUCUGGUGUUCGCCAACAUGGCGUACAACCCACCGCCGCUUGCGCACCUCAAGCGACAGACAACGCAUCUGCCACCACCACCGACGAGUAACGCCAUGAGCGCGCUGAUGAACGGCUCGAGCCGCGCCGGGGACCUCAGCCGCGCCCCCGCACCUCAAGCCCCUCGGCCUCUCAGCCUCCAGCUGAGACUAUCGAGUCUGAGCCCACCCCUACGCCAAGUAUCAAAACUGAACGCUCCUGCUAAAGUGAAGUGCGAACUAUAUGCGAACUCGCGGCCAAAACAGUGCACGCAAUUUUUUCGCUCGCUCCUGAGAGCAUCAUAUACGGACAACCUGUCGUCCUCGGACUCUAUAGGUAGUUCAGUGUUUACAUAGUUGUUUAAUAUACUAAAAGCAAAGCAAAUGCCAAACUCUAGUUAGAAUUCUCAUUGUUCAACAAAAAUGUAUAAGUGUAGUACAGAGGAAUAAUUAUACUUUUCUCGUGAAUGGAUAUUAAUUAAAAUUGUAUGUUUUAGUUUUUAUCUCAUAAUUUGAUCUCAUACGGGCAAUUUUGCUAAUUUAGAAUAGUGUUUGGACGUUUUACGAUGUGAGUGGAAUAUAAGCGCGGGGUUACAAGACUGCCGAACAUACGAAGUGACGGAUAAAUUGUAUUCUAGUUCUAUGUUCAAUGUCUAAUGUAAAUAUUACUAUAGAUGAAGCAUUAUUAUUUUGUUUAUUAUCAUGUACACUAUCACAGUACAAGCAUGAGUUCCAAAUCAAACUUCGAAUGAGUUUAUCGAUCAAAUUAUUCAGAUAUUAUUGUAAUAUUAUCGAAGCACCGGCUAAGCCGUGGUCUUUUGGAAUUUAUUUCUCAAUAUAUUUGACAUCUCUUUGUUAUUUCGUUUUGUACCUAACUGUAUAUUAACUGUUAAGUUUAUUACUCGUAGAAACAUUGUUAUAAUGUUUGUAUUAUUUAUGUAAAUAAAAUAGUUACUGUAAGUAGAUUUAUUGUAUCUAAUUAUGCAUUGAAAAAUAUGAAUAUUUGAAUUAAUUAUAGUGAAAUGUGGAAAUACUUACGUGUUAUAAAAAACAUAUUUGAAAAUAGUUCAAAUUAGUUUGUUAGAUUGGAUACUUGUAUGUCUCCGGAAAUUUUGUAUAAUUUCUGCAUUUAAUUAGAUAAAAAAUUGUCGGCAUUCCUGUCAGUAAGAGAUGUGCACUUUAUAUGUGACGAUACCCUAAAGUUUGCAUGAAUGUGUCAGAUUAUCUUCUUACCAAAUACGACCAAAGAUGUAGCUCAUUAAAGCCUUGUUCA